CGUACCGACAGAGUACUGUGGCCACCGAAACUAAUCAAAAGGGCCGUUCAAACACCUGAGCCAUCAAUCGGGUUUAUGAGUGAAGACGAUCAAUCAAGCUGGUGGUUAACCUUCGGGAAGAAACGCGGAAGUGUAAUUCACCGUCGACGCUUUUUUUCGUUUUGUUUGACUUAUUAUCGGUGACAACAUGGCUGAAUGUAACAUUAGCAUCGACCAGAAAAGACUACCUGGAGUGAAAGAGGUAUGCCGAGACUUUGCUGUGCUGGAGGACCACAGUCUGGCCUACAACCUCCAGGAACAAGAAAUUGAAAGCCACUUGGCAUCCAACGUCCAUAAGAGCCGUCUGGUGCAGCAGGACCUGCAGGUGGCCAAGAAGCUGCAGGAGGAGGAGGAUAAGAUAGCCAAGGUCCAGACCAAGAAGCAGUUUGGUGAAAUUGAGCGUCAAGAUGUUGAGAUAGCCCAGGAAAUUCAGGAACAACUGGUCCGACAGGCAGAACAGCAGCGGCAGCAAGAAGAGAAGGAUGCGGCCAUAGCCCGCAAGCUGCAGGAGAAGGAGAUGAAAGAGGAAAGGAAGAGACAGAAACAUCUGGAAGCAAACUUUGAGGAGGAGUACUUUGAGGAUCGUGGAGCUGCAAGAAAGCCACAUGACUUGGACAAGCAUACCCGUCACAAAUCUAGUUCUAGUUCUAGUUCCCCGGGCCGAUAUGAUGUGUAUGCCCCAGUGAGCUCACACCGUGAUUACUCCCCAGAUUACAGCUCAACUGAGCCAAAAAGAAGCAGGUAUCCAAAACAGGACCUAGCAGCACCCCACAGCCACUCCAGAUAUCCAGAGCACUACCUAGUGGCAGAGGGAGGGCGGAGCAGGCAUGCAGAUCCAUACCCAGAACACCUACUGGCCUCCAGAGGCAAGCAUGGGGACAGGUACCCAAAUUAUGAACCCACAGAGACUGGCAGAGCCAGGGGCCCACAGGGUGACAACACAGACAGAGUGGUGAGGAGGAAAGAAAGACCAGUCAGACCACCUCCGCCACAGUAUCCAGAACAGAGAGACAAGGAAUGGGUCAGAGAGAAGGACAGGAAACAUGACAGGCACAGGGGCAGGGACCUGGAAUUGGAGAGACAAAUGGGAAUAGACCAAAGGAGGGACAGGGAGCAGGACCUCAGGGGGGCGAGAGCGAGAGGAAGAGACGGGGAAAGAUCCAGAGAUAGAGGACAGAGUGGGGACAGACACAGAGUGAGAGACAGGCAGAGACAAAGAGAUGAACAAGUGAGAACCAGGAGCAGGGAGAGAAGACUCGAUGAGGACUUCGUAGAGCGUGUCCCGAGGGAGGGCAGGGCAUCCUGGGAGGAGGAUGACGAUGAGAGGGAGAGGAGGGCCAGGGGUCGGCAGCGUGUCCACUCCAAUCCCGAAGAGGUCUUUGACGAGUAUAGGAGCAACGGAGGGAGAGGGCACACCAGGGACUUCUGGGACCCUCGGCAGGGGGAGGGUCCUAGCAGGGAACGCAGUCAUACUCACCCCGAUGGAGAGACAGGUCGAAUUGUGCACAAAGGGAGUGGAGCAGUAAUAGCAGAAACUGAGUAUGGACUCACUGAGGCCACCAAGGGACUGACGAAGCUGGAUCUCCGUGAGCAGGAGCUGAAGGACAUGGAGGUGGCCAGGAAAAUGCAAGAGGAGGAAGUGAAGGCGAGUAAGAGCCAUGUGCGUGCAGCUCAAGUGGCACAGGAUGAGGAAAUCGCUCGACUGCUGAUGGAGCAAGAGAAAAAGGAGUACAGGAAGAACCGAGAGCACGAAAAAGAGAAGGAACGAGAGAGGGAGAGGCUGGCUAUGGACAGGAUGGCAAUGGAAAGGAGACGACCAGAGGGAGACUACAGGCCGAGUUCAGAGGAUGUUGUCCGGCCCCGAACACGAGAGGAUUAUGAAUACCAGAGGCAGAGGAACCACAACAAGCCUGCCAGGCCUCCUCAGCCUCGCACACAUGACUAUGAGAAUGUGAACGCUGGCUACGGCCACCCAGACCAUCCGAUUCCCCCUCGUGCUCCCACCAGACCUGAGGCUGCUUACAAAGGUGCCUAUUACAAGCGGUGACUCAGGCUCUCAACCAUGUCCAGACGUGCUGUCAGUCCUCUUGUGUCCCCUCUUUUAUUUAUCUUUUUUUGUUUUCGACCAUUCACAAUCUGUUGACCAAAAGCCUUGGGACAAGCUAAUGAGUUGGCGAUGGGUUUUUUUGU